AUGAUGCUGGCAGCAGCAGGCUAUGCACUAGUGGGAGUGGAUUAUGAAGGCCACGGCUUAUCAGCCGGACGGCACGGGUACAUCCGCAGCUUCACUCAACUGGCAGACGACGUGAUUGAAUUCGCCAACCGGUUGAGAGCAAAGCCUAGGUUCGCCCACCUGCCGUUUUUCCUCUAUGGCGAGUCCAUGGGAGGGGCCAUGGCGAUUCAAGUGGCAAGGAGGGAUCCCACCCCGUGGAGCGGAGCAGUGCUGGUGGCACCCAUGUGCAAGAUGGCGCAAGAGCUAAUCCCCCCGGCACCAGUCAUCUUUGUUCUGAAGUGCCUAUCAUACAUCUUCCCCACCUGGAAGCUGGUGCCUGUCAGCGCCAACCCUGACGUCUGCUUUCAGGUACCAGAAAAGCGGGAGAGGGCGGAGAAUCACCCCUUUGCAUAUCAGGACAAGCCCCGUCUCGCCACGGCGCUGCAGCUGCUGCGAACAACCCAGGACAUUGGCGCACACAUGGAGGAGGUGACAGUCCCCCUCCUUAUUCUUCACGGAGCAAAGGACAUGGUGACGGACCCAGCAGCCAGCCAGGAGCUCUUCAUUCGCUCUUCCAGCUCCGAUAAGGAAAUCAAGAUCUACGAGGGGUGCUGGCACGCCCUCACAUGCGGCGAACCUGACGACGUCAUCGCCAGGGUGGUUGGGGAUAUUAUCGCCUGGCUAAAUGCCAGAAGCCUGCCGCCCGGUUCUGCGCCGCCCGGUGCUGCGCCGCCCGGUGGUGUGGUAGACGGUGCUGUGCCGCCCGGGGUGGUUGAGGCGGGCGGUGGAGGGGAGGUGGGGGAUGCUGCUGCAGACGAUGAGAUGUCAAGUACGGUUACCAGUUGA